GUCUCUUCCCUCUGCCCUCCGGACCGUACUGUCGCAGUUAAUUUUAAUUCAAUCCAGCUCACCAUGGCUUUGCAAGGGGUUGAGCAGACGAUCCUGAGGGAUCCGGCUCUGUUUUAUUGGAUUGUGUUUCCUAUCACGAUUGUUAUGAUCCUGACCGGUAUCCUCCGUCACUAUGCCACCGUCUUGAUGAACAACCCCCCCAAGCCUGCCUCGACAUUGGCCGAAUCCCGCGAACGCCUCGGUCUCAUCCGCGGCGUCAACCUACGGAACAAUUGCCAUGCCGUGCUGUCCAAGGAGUCCUUCGAGAUGCGGAAGAACUACCUCGUCUCUGCUUACCAGAGUGGUGCUUUCCUCAAGGACCCUGCGAACCGCGGCCAACCGCCCGCCAACCCGAUGACCGACCCUGCCGGCAUGGAGGCUAUGAUGGGCAUGAUGAAGGGGAAUAUGAUGAUGAUGAUCCCGCAGACGCUGAUUAUGAGCUGGAUUAAUGCGUUCUUCUCGGGAUUUGUGAUUUUGAAAUUGCCCUUCCCCCUUACGAUUCGGUUCAAGUCGAUGCUGCAGUCUGGUGUCAUGACCCGGGACUUGGACGUGAGAUGGGUGUCCAGUCUUUCGUGGUAUUUCUUGAACUUGUUCGGUCUGCAGUCUGUCUUUGGGUUUAUUCUCGGCAGUGAUAAUGCGGCCAGCCACAUGUCUCAGCAGAUGGCUUCGAUGAACCCUGCUGCUGGGAUUAACCCCUUCCAGCCCGGUCAGGAUCCCGAUAAGCUGUACCAGAACGAGGCUGAGAAUUUGGAGGUUAUGGAGCACUUUUGCAUUCUGGAUGGCGUUGAGGAGAGAGUGCUGCGUCACUACGCCGGUAGGAAAAGCUAUUAGAAUUCCACUCGGGAAAACUGGUCUAUGGCUGUUUGCGUUGGGUAUUGCUGAAAAUAUUAGACGAAGUGUGAAUGUACACCAAUGAUAUAUAUUAAGCGCAUAAAGGCAAUACUAAGAGGAAUUACCUCUGCCUCAAGGCCUUGCACAACAUCCAUCAAUCAUAAACUCAUAACGCGAAACAAAAUAUAUACGCCCAACCUGUCAGGAUCACACUGGUAUCUAACGAUAGUUAAUAACCCCAUUAAGAAUCCACACCUCCCCAUUCGAAACCUGCUCCGCAAUACUAUCCACCUCUACAUUCCCCGGUUGA